AUGGCUGCCCUGGGGGACAUCGUCCUGGAUGGUUACCUGUACCCGGCGUGCGCCCUCUAUUCGUACCGGUGCCUCUACCCGGCCGCCGCCGCCAAGGGAAAAAGCGGGGCGGACGAGGGUGGCUCGCGACCCCGGGGCGGGGGCUACCCUCCCGUUUCCUCCUCCUCCGACGGCGCGGCCUCGUCGUCGUUCCCGGGCCAGCGGCAGCUGGCGGCCGCCGAGUACGUCCACAGCUACCACCGCGCGCAGCUCAUGGCCCUGCUGUCGCAGGUGGGCCCCCGCCGGGCCAGCACUCGGGACGCGGCGGUGCAGAUGAACCCGUGCCGCGACGUGUCGGUGCAGUGCUCGCUGGGACGGCGGACGCUGGGGCGCAGGGCCCGCGAGUCCGGCCCGAGUCCGGAUCCCGAGGGCGCGGUGGUCGGGGCGACGGCGAGCCGCGAGCAACCCCCGCCGGUGGCCAGGGUCCCGGACGCCGCUGGCGAGAGGUCGUCGUCCCGGAGCCCUCAGCCGGGCAAGGAGCGCCUGCGCUUCCAGUUCUUAGAGCAGAAGUAUGGCUACUAUCACUGCAAGGACUGCAAUAUCCGCUGGGAAAGUGCCUAUGUGUGGUGUGUACAAGGCACUAACAAGGUUUACUACAAGCAGUUUUGCCGAACAUGCCAGAAGUCUUAUAACCCUUACCGAGUGGAGGAUAUCACCUGCCAAAACUGUAAACAGACUAGAUGCUCCUGCCCAGUGAAACUUCGCCACGUGGACCCCAAAAGGCCCCACCGUCAAGAUUUGUGUGGGAGAUGCAAAGGCAAACGCCUAUCCUGUGACAGUACUUUCAGUUUCAAAUAUAUCAUUUAA